UCCGACUCCUCCGUCUACUGCUCCACCCUGGACGGCGCCGCCGCCGCCGGGGCCAGCGGCCCCUAUAAGGCCGUGGAGAUGUUCUUCAUCGCCGUGGUGACCGGCUCCCUCAGCUUCGUCACGGUGACGGGCAACAUCCUGGUGAUGCUGUCCAUCAAGGUCAACCGCCACCUGCAGACGGUGAACAACUACUUCCUAUUCUCGCUGGCGUGCGCCGACCUCAUCAUCGGGGCGUUCAGCAUGAACCUGUACACGGUGUACAUGGUGGCGGGCUACUGGCCCCUGGGGCCCGUGGUGUGCGACCUGUGGCUGGCCCUGGACUACGUGGUGAGCAACGCCUCCGUCAUGAACCUGCUCAUCAUCAGCUUCGACCGCUACUUCUGCGUCACCAAGCCGCUCAGCUACCCGUCACGCCGGACCACCAAGAUGGCCGGGCUGAUGAUCGCGGCGGCCUGGAUACUCAGCUUCGUGCUCUGGGCGCCCGCCAUCCUGUUUUGGCAGUUUAUCGUCGGCGAGAGGACGGUACCGUCCGGAGAGUGUUACAUACAGUUCCUGUCGAACCCGGCGGUGACAUUCGGCACGGCGAUCGCAGCCUUCUACCUGCCAGUCAUCAUCAUGACCGUCCUGUACAUCCACAUCUCCCUGGCCUCCCGCAGCAGGGUGUCCAAACACAAGCCCGACAAGAAGGACAAGAAAGGCAUCAAAACCCCGAGUCUGUUGAAGAGUCACCUGUUGAAGCAGAACAACAACAACGACGCCACUCCCCAACCCAGCCCCCUGCCCAUCAACAAACCCGGCCUGGAGCCCGACUCCACCGGGGGUGCCGGGGAGCUGAAGAACGGCAAGAUCGAGGAACCGAACCCAGCGGAACCAGCUCCACCGUUAGCCCAGCCAAGCCCCGCCCCUACACAGGAGGAGAAGGAGAGCAGCAAUGACUCAUCCACCGCCUUCAUCGCACCUCCGGAGCCCGGAGAGCCCCCCCGUGACGGGCCCCCCAGCGAGGGAGGGGCCUCUACCUCCGCGGCCCCGCCCCCGGCCCCGCCCCCCACCGCCCUGGCCCCGCCCACCACCAGCGCGGUGGGGGCCCGCAUGAACCCCUCGUCUAAGUGGUCCAAGAUCAAGAUCGUGACCAAGCAGGCCGGGGACGAGUGCAUCACGGCCAUCGAGAUAGUGCCCCCGGUGGAGGGCGGGGGGAAGCACUCCAUCGCCAUCAACCGCCCCCGCACCGUCGCACGCAAGUUCGCCAGCAUCGCUCGCAGCCAGGUGAAGAGGAAGAGGCAGAUGGCCGCCCGCGAGAAGAAGGUGACCAAGACUAUCUUCGCCAUCCUGCUGGCCUUCAUCCUGACGUGGACGCCGUACAACGUGAUGGUGCUGAUCUCCACCUUCUGCCAGUCCUGCGUCCCGGACACUGCCUGGGCCAUCGGCUACUGGCUCUGCUACGUCAACUCCACCAUCAACCCCGCCUGCUACGCCCUAUGCAACGCCACCUUCAAGAAGACCUUCAAGAACCUCCUGCUGUGCCAGUACAAGAACAUUGGCACCCGAUGA